CUUUGGAGUCGGGCAUGUUCUAACAUAUCCCGACAGACCAGGAUCCGGAGUGUGUGAACUGUCAGUGCGCGCGGACUGCAUUUACUCACACACACACACACACACACACACUCACGCCGGAGAGUGUGUGUGUGUCGUUAACAAAUGUAGAACUAAAGUCAUUCCUCUGAGUUUUCCUCCGUGUUGUCCUGUGAUGGUCUCCUCUUCCUCCUCCUCCUCCUGCUCCUCUUCCUCACCAGGAUCCUCUAUGACUCUGUAACAGUUGGAUCCACAGACGCGUCUCCGCCGUGUCGUCAUGUCUGUCCAGGUCAAAGUGAUGAGGGACGGUCUGCUGGAGAAGCGCAGCAGUGGACUGCUACAGCUGUGGAAGAAGAAGCGCUGCGUCCUCACAGAGGACGGACUGCGGCUCCACAGCUGCCGCAGCGGCGGCGGUGACGCGGCGGCGGCGGCGACGACGCGCGGCUCAGCCGGAGCCAAGGAGCUGCGCUUCGAGCGCAUGGCGACUGUGGACUGCGUGGAGCACAAGCGCGGCCUGGUCUACUUCACCGUGGUCAUGGUCACGGGCAAGGAGAUCGAUUUCCGGUGUCCGCAGGACGGCGCGCCGUGGAACGCGGAGAUCGCGCUGGCGCUGGUGCGGUACAAGAACCUGCAGGCGGUGCGGAGCGGCAGGAACCGGCACCUGUCCACCACCGGUCAGCUGGGCAGCACCGGAGAGGACGAGGAGCUCUGAGGUGUUUGUGUCUUCCUGGACGUGGACCAAUCAGAGCGGAGGAGACACCGUUGACAUCCACUGACGUGAUUCUGUGGUGAAAAGCAUGAUGGGAUGUUAGAGAAUCUCUGACGACGGAGGAUUAAUGGACUCAUAGGAAUCUGUCGUGACAUCAUGAGGUCGUGACGCCAUAAGGAAAAAGGAAAAAGACGUCUUUGUGGACAAACUGUGGAGCGGGGACACGUCGUCCUCACGUCCACACCUGUGCCUUUUAUUGUCUAAAGAACGUUUUUUAUGUGGAGAAUAUUUUCUUAUCUGACGUCGCGUCGCUUUGUUUCUUCAGUCUUAAUUUGAAAGUAAACGCACUGACCUGGCUCUUUGUUACAGACUGAACUUAACGUUGUCUCCUGUAAAUCACAUUA